UUUAUAAAAAAUAUAUAUUUUAAUUAAAAUUAUAAAUUAUCACUUUUUGACAUUUUCCAUAAGUAUUCGUUAAGUAUACCUGCUGGAAGCUGGCCACAUUCUCGCUGUCUCCAAUUCAGCAACUAUGUGGGUGCCUAACUUGCCUAUCACUAUCUUCACCGGUCUGGCGGCGGGGGCGGGCGCGCUGUGCAUUUUUAAAGACGUUUAUGGUGGAGUACCGUUUGACAAAACUAUAAUGGCAGAAGGGAAAACGGUGAUCGUUACAGGAGCUACAAGCGGUAUUGGCAAAGAAGCGUCUUGGGAGUUCGCUAAGCGUGGGGCUAAGGUGUUCAUGGCAUGUCGCGACAUGACGAAGUGCGAAGAGGUUCGUCGUGAAAUUGUGUUAGAGACUAACAACAAGUUCGUGUACUGCCGACCCUGCGACCUCGCCAGCACUGAAUCCAUUAGGAAUUUUGUUGAUAGGUUUAAAAAAGAAGAACCGCACGUGCACGUGCUAGUGAACAACGCGGGCGUCAUGGAGACGCCCAAGGGCGUCACGCGGGACGGCUUCGAGACCCAGCUGGGCACCAAUCACAUGGGACACUUCCUACUGACGCAAUUGUUGCAGGACACAUUGAAAAAGUCAGCACCAAGUCGGGUCGUGAUUGUCUCAUGCAGCGCACACAUGAAGGGCAAAAUAUACACGGACGACCUCAACAUGUCCACCAACUACGAUCCCGUUGCUGCUUAUAAGCAGAGCAAACUCGCCAACGUACUGUUCGCGAGGGAACUUGGGAGAAGAAUGCUUGAAACCGGCGUGGCUGUCGCGGCGGUGGAUCCUGGCUUCUCAGACACAAAUCUCACGAGGCAUAUGGCUAUGAUGAAGAGCAUCACACGAUUCAUCGUGUACCCGAUAUUCUGGCCUGUCAUGAAGCUGCCCAGGACUGGCGCCCAGGUGAUCAUACACGCGGCUCUGGAUCCGAAACUUCAGAAUUGUGCUGGGGAUUACUUUGUGGACAUGAAAAAAGUGAAUCCAUCUGAAACGGCACAGGAUUACGAGCUCGCACAGUGGUUGUGGAAGGUGAGCGAGAGGUGGACCAAAGUGGACGAGCACAAGGAGGCGCUGCAAAUAUCUGAAGCGGCUUAAGCAGACAUCUUAAUAAUAAAUAAAGCUCCAGUUAUUCAAUCAGGCCAUUAAAGCACUGAAAAAAUUGUAAUUUUUUAUCAACAAUAAAUUGCAUUUAACUCUUUAGUAUUUUCAAAUGAUAACAUAUAGUGUAUGACGUAAUAUCGACAUUGUUUUGAUCAUCAAUAUGAGUAAAUCUGUACAAUAUUUUAUAAAAUGAGUGGUAUAAAAUGUUUAAAAUUUUCUGGGACAGUAUACGCCUAUAGAGGUCAUACCAACUCACUAUCAUUAUUUUAAUAUUUAUUUACUAUUACAUACUUAGCUAUGUAUGUUUAGGGAACUGUCCCUCGUUGAAAAUGCAACAGUCGCCAAUCCUGGCUCUCGAAAUGUUCUCAACCACUGACCUCAAAUGUCACAUUGACAUUUGCAUAUGUAAUAUUUGCUUAACAUUAGUUCGUAAGGUAGGCUCGUAAAUUAUUUAAUUAGCUUGCAUUUAUUGUUUGAAGAUUUAGACUAGUUGAUUGGUUAUGUU